GCCGAAGCUAUUGGUCAGAUCUUCCGAACCUAGAGUUCAGCCCCUCCACGGAUAUCUUGACCUCGUCUUUCUCUCGAUGUCCUUGCAUUUCGAUCCAUCUCAUCCUUUUCCCCGUAUUUCUUAUUCUGGAUAAUAUCUGCUAUCGGUGGAAUAACAACAUGAUGCCGCAAGGCACACCAAAAGAGCGUUUCCCGAAAGGAUGCAAUCCAUGCAGGGGAAAAAAGCAAAAGUGUGACGAAAGCAAGCCAUUGCCAUGUGGAAGAUGCGUUAAGACGGGCCUCUCCUGUUCUUGGCCUGGACCAGAGAAACCACUUCCUGUGAAGAGACGUGGAGCUGGUUCCUGGAAAUCACGGGCUCAAGAUGGGACAUUGAUGCUACCGGAUAUCCAGCCAAGCACAUCAAGUUCCGUGGGCGAAUUAGAUGCGCCAAGGAGUACGCUACAAGGAAUACAUGCUGACUCCUUCACACAACACCCUUCUGCUUUCGGAGGUUCGUUCGCAGAUCUAGGUUAUGAAGAGGAUGAAGCAGAAUACCAAACGUCGUCGAAUGUUCGAAAUGAUUUCAUACCAAGGGCGGACUUGCCUUUCCCAGAAUUUGCCACUAUCACAGACUUUGCAAACAUCUCUCCACCGAAUAGUCUCAAUCAUCAUGUAUCCUCUCAUUGGGCUUCCCUCUCAAUACCUACACCACGAUCACCAUCCCCAGUCUUCAUAUUUCCACCCUCUUCGUUUCUAUCCGACAAUUUCAUGACGUUGCCAAACUCUCUGAGACUUAGCGACAAUGCCCAUCGAGCCUUGGGACAUUAUCAAACCACAUUCUCGAUAUACAGGACAACCAAGGAUCCAAAAUGGUCGACUCACAAGUUACUACUGGACCUUGGCGCCAAGAGUACUAUGAUCAUGCGGUUCAUCAUUGCUGUUGCCAUCAACGAUGUCUGUCAUCGCCAAGACUAUGAAGCCUCUCUAGAGGCUCAAGAGUAUUUCGAGAAAGGCGCCCAAGAGCUGAUCGAAAUGAUCCAGAGAGACUCUGAUGAAGACUUCGUGAUGGCGAUGGCAGGGUUUCUCUUCUUAUAUUGGUACAUGCCGAAGCGAAAGUCUGUACCACGAGCACGAAUUCAACAACUAAGCAUGACUGUGCUUACAUAUUUGAAGAGACACAAGCUCGACAGUCGAUGUCUGGAAUCGGAUGAACAGGAAGAUGCUAGCGACGCUUCCUCAGGCCUCACUGAUCGCGAUCGCUCUAUUUUGGCUCGUAUCAUCAUCUGUAUAUUCGAUGAAGAUGUCAAAUGUGGGUUUCAAGGUGCAGGUGGUUGUCUCGCGAGAUAUCUAACAGCACAUCGCGAGAGGACAAUGGCAGUAUACGAAGUCUCCCGGACAGUCCUCAAAGCUUACUGGGGUACAAGUUAUCCAGAUACCCAGACUGAUGAUGACGACUACAACGCCAUGGAACUCGAAUUCCUUUGGGCGUUGACAGCUCUUUGGCAAGACAUCAAUCAACUUUCACAGGAUCCGCCGUCAACUCCAAGUCAAGCUCAUAGGCGUGUUGAGCAGAGAUUCAAACUACUUGAGAAGAAGUAUUCAUCAGUCUUCCAAAAGUCUGCAGCGAUGACACAACCACGCGCAGGCGACCGAGUCCUAAUCAACGCAGACUACGAUGUGGUAUUAUUCCACUCCUUACGAGUGUACUAUUUCCGAGCCAUAAUUUCCGAUUCCAAUACUGCCGAAAUACCCCAAGAUAUCAAACAAGCCCUAGAUAUCAUGCUCGAUAUCAUCCAACGAACAUUCGCAUCGAAAAGCAGUGAGCUCCACGACAGACUUCAAUGGCCACUCUUCCUCGCUGGAAUAGAAACCGAUAAUGGACUCUAUAGGAAGGCCAUAAUGUCCAGUAUCACAAGUCGCAGAGCGAGGGAGGCUUUGCAGAAGACCAUCGAUCACCAGACCUGUUCAGGGAAACGCCUGGCGAUGAGCGUGAUCAAGGCAUUAUUGUGCGAAAGCGAUGUCGAACCAGUCUAUUCCUUUUCUUCGGGACAAGAUUCUUUCCUUGACACUAUCGUUGAGAAUGUUUUCUAAGGUGUCAUCUGCUCUUUGCCAUUUAGCGGGCGCUGCGGUUUUGCCAGUCAGGAGUUAUAACUUAUCACUACCAACCUCGAUUUGACAUUGGGACUCCACAACUGCUUAUAUUUUCCUUCAAGAAACUAUUGGAGAAAGGCUUUUGCAAGUUUAACAAGCUGAUCUGUAUGAUUUAUCAUUGCGAACAUUGGCUGGAC